AUGGGACCCAGUCGAAAGCUAAACCAAGAUGAACAACUGAAAGCGCUACUUCGAGAGAAGGACGAGCAAAUAGUAGCCCUUGAACGCCAGUUGGAAGCUUGCAGUGCUCGAGCAUCUGCGACUCACAUUCGCUUACUCAAAACUGUGGACGUCCUAGACUCGCUGAGGGCACAACAUGCUUCGGAAAUCUCUGCUCUAGAGCAGGAGAAGAUUAAACUUACACACAACGUUGACCAAUGGCGUACCGUCUCCAAAACAUUGGAAGUUGAAAAAGAUGAGAUGAAGGAUGUAGUGGAGGAUCUUAUCGAGAAAAUUCAGAUAUCCAACGAAUGGACUUCGUGGCCUUGCAGUCGCCUGCACAUCUCCAAACCUGCUGAACUUCCCUAUAUGCCCGCCAAUGAACUGGAAUCUACAGCCAAGAGUCCCAACGACGACCUUCUUGCAUACGCAUCUGCGAUUAUCGCCAGGUUACGGAGUGAACUUGAAUUUGAACGUCGCGAGCAUCGGAAUACAGUCGAGGAAGCUAACCAUCGUAUCGAAGAACUCGAAGCACAGGUCGCCGUCAGGGAGACGGAACUGGAGACGCGUAUUCGUUUGCCAAGUCAAAGAGUAUUUGAAGGUGACACCGGUAGUCAUUUAACCGUACGAAAGAUACCGACAAACGUACGUUUAUGUCCGAAGACGCUCUCGCACGAGGAAUGCUUUCGUGUUCUGGAGAGUAAUAGUGCGCGAAAUAGAUCGAUGGAAACCGAGAUCCGUGGCAUACUUGCCAAGUUGGAGGAGGCUAGACUCGCGGUGCCCUCGCCGAGUGGACCUGACUAUCGUCCCGAAGUACCCCAACGUAGCGCGCUAUCGAGUAAUGGUAAUCUAUCUCACGGCGAUCGUUUGGUACGUUGUGCGAGUCCCGAAACACGGAUCCCGUGUGCCCCAGCCGCACCAACUCCAAACCUUCCCCCUUCGUUACCGUCCAGAAGUGAAGGAGAACCGCAGCAUGAUUGUCCAUAUACUACACAUUCCCCUAACUCCCCUUCGGCCAUGUUGGCCAUCGUUCAAUUAGAUGACCACAUUUGUGAAAUGUCUGCGCAACUUGAGGCUUCGAAAGCUGAACGAAAGGCCCUUGUCACGGCCGCGGCAAGACAAAAACGGGUAACGUCUGGCAUGAAGGCGCAUAAUAUGGAAGAUAUUCUACGCAUAGAAGACGAGUGUGUCCGAUUGUCAGCUCAGGUCUGCCACCUUCAACAGCAGAUGGACAAGGCCAAGGCUGACGCAAGAUCGCGUGAAGAAAAGCUUUUGAAAGAGAUUGAACUCUUACAGUCUCAGGCCAGGCGAUCGUCUUCUCCACUGUUCCCCGUCGAUGCCAGUACAGCAGAAGAAAGUAUGGAACUUGCGACACCUCUUCAACCUACUAUGCUUUUAUCCAUGCAGAAUCACAAUACCCCACCAGAGCCAAUCGACCCUUCUCUUAUACCAUUGCCCUUCUCCCCUGUGCGAACGUCUUCUCCGACUUUUUCGCCUCGAUUUGUUUCUUCACAGAGUCCUACCCCUGCCGAUAUACAGCGAGUGGAAGAUGCCCUUACGACAGCUAGAGAAAAUCUAGCGCAGAAAGAAAAUGCACUAGUUCAGUUGCGGAUGGAAGUCGAAGAUCUGCGACGACAAAUACAGCUCCCCAGUCCACCACAGGACAGGGAGGCAUGA